ACCAGAAAAACGCGCGUACGAACGCGCGUUUGGCACAUAGCAACAGGCAAUAAAAGGCCACACCCUAGUGAGAGGCAAAUGUCUAGCCUGACCAAGAUGGAGGAAGCAGGCUGUGAUAGUGAGACACUGAUCAGGCUUGUGCAGGCAAAACGCUGCCUGUAUGACAUCCAAGAUGCUAAUUACAAAAACAGGAGAAGCAGGCAGCAGGCAUGGGAGGACAUUGGACAAAACAUCUGGCCACAGUGGAAGAGAUUAUCCAAAACAGGGAAAGAAGGCCAAGUAAACUUACUAAAAAACAAGUGGAAGAGCCUCAAAGAUGCCUUCAUUCGUCAUCGGCGCAAGGAGAGGGAACAGCGGAGCGGAGCUUCGCCAAGUGCACGGUCCAGCUAUGUUCAUGUGGAGCAAAUGGCCUUUCUAAUACCAUGCACUGAAAUGCGUAGCACCGAUAGUAGCUGGUCGCAAAGUCAACAGCAGGAGGAGGAAGAGGAGGAGGUCACCAGAGACAGUGAGGCCUGUGUGUCUACGGGGCCACUAAGUCCUCCUCCACCCAAUCCCACCCCUCCAUUCCAAACCCCCACACAGCCUCCCCCACCUGUCGUGGAAACCGAAAACAUUCGGACUCACCUUCCAAAAAGGAGAAGACCAGAUCGCCAAGAGGACCGGCUAAUUGCAUGCCUGGAUGCACUUGCCCAUCCAGCACCCAAACUCUCUUGUGAUGGCCUUUUCUUACUUAGUUUGGAGGAAAAAAUGCAGCAAGUGCCCAGAAGUCGCAUAACUGAAGCGAGGGAUACCUUAACAAGGGCCCUAGACAGCUUCAUUCCACAUUAUGACAUCACACAGCCCAACAAUGCACCACAACAUCCACCACAACAUCCACCAACCACUCACACAUACACAUCACAAACAUACCCACAAACUAACAUACCACACCCUCACGACACAUGGCACACACAACCACAAUCAUCAUACAGCUAUCCCUCCACCAGCAUGGGCAACAACACCUCCACCACCACUCAAAUGCAACCUGCCCAUCAAUCAGGCGGAAUGAGAGAGGCAAUGCGGGAUCCAGAGCCACAUUUUGCCUUCCCACAAUACCAAAACCUUUGAGAAAUAACAUACAUAAUUUGGUGCAUCAGGGGUGUUCGACCUUCAUUGUUAAUAUAGGAAAAUUACCUAAUAAUUUUAAGUUAAAAAGUACGAUAGUUAUG